CCGCUUUUUUCUCUUUGGUAACGCGCGCCACGCACGUUUGUUUUACAUUUUAUACUAUAACUAAAAGUAACAGAACGACGUUAGGCUAGAAAACGCUAUCGCUCCGGUAAAGAGUCUCUGGCAGCAUAUCUUAUUAUAAAUUGGAAACACAACAAAUUCUAAUAAUUAUCGCAUCAAUGGUCAACGCAUGGUCCGGGUAUUCGUGAUAAUCUAAACGACGACAGUAAACGGACUACAAAAAUGUUGAAUCAAAACCAAAUCAAUCUACCUGACAUUGACGAAGCGUUUGAGAAAUUCGUCAGAAGGGUUUUGGAGACUCAAACUUUUGGAGUUACUCGGAAACCUAUUGAACUGAGAUGUGUAUCGAGCUCCAGUAAAAAAAAAGCAGAUCGCUUUACUUUCGCAAUUCCCUAUGCGAGACACACGCUACAAUGGACCGUUCUGUUCAAUUCGAACUGUCCUGAAAUGGGACCUGAUUUUGAAUUUCAUGAUGAAUUGUUUCUUGCUAAUCCAGAUUGUGAUACUAUCGAAACACAUAUUCCCAGUCUUGCUAAUUGGGAAGCUAUCAAACCUGACAGUCUCCUCUGCGUUUUGAAUGAGCUUACUUUGUGCUAUAAACAGCAUCAAAUUGAUUUAUUGAGUAGAAAUGAACAACACCUGCAUUUGCAGUAUACAACGCUGAUCGACAAUGCUGAUGUAUGUUCCAAAGAUGUUGAAAUAAUUCUCCUACCAGAUGCUGAGUCCCCGAAUGAAGUUAGAUUCGUGAUUCAACUGGCUAUGGAUUUUUCGCGAUUACCUGGACGGAGCCACAAUGCAGUGAACGAUGCAGCCAUGUUGACCAUUACUUAUCAACAGCAAAAUUGGAAUAAGGGCAUACCUCUACUUCAUUUGAGCACAACCUUGGAAGAAACUUUCAAUAAAGCUGGUUUUUCGAACUUGAGCAUACCGCCGUUGUCACGGGAUCAAUCUGUCGUGGAUUACGUAACGCAUAUGAAGAAAAUGAUUUCAGACAAGAUUGAUUCGAUAAUAGAUUGUUACGAAAAGAGAAUGAAUUUCGUAUCAACACUGUUAUUUUUUCAAAGACGCAAUGUUGUCGAGUACGAUGCGACUGAUUUCACUCGCAUCACAAUACUCCUUGAGGAGCAGGAUUUCUAUUUUCUCGUUCACUUCAUAUUAUCUCCUACGUUUCCGGCCCAGCAACCAAAUGUCAUGCUUCAGUCGAUUUACCAUGUAAAUCCUAAGACUGACGAGCUAGUCACCCACCCGGUAUCAAGAAUGCUUUACAGCCCACGAUGGGAAUCAAAACGAAUGAUUGCUGAAAUAUUGAAGCAGGUUGUACAAAAAGACGCGAUUUGUUUAAGGAAUGCAAUAUCCAUUCGCUGAUCAAGCAGGCCAAAGUUUUUCACCACUGCUAUGUUCGUUCCUACGUUUCAAUAUGAUAUGGUUUUGUUGUACAUUUCAAAUAUUCAAGAUCAUUUACUUUAAUUUUUUUUAUAAGAAUGCGCUUUUUGGUCAUACGAGAAAAAUAAACACUGAUGCAUGACGAAAAAACGACCCAUUUCAAAAUGUUAAAAAAAUUCUAUCGAAAAAAAUCUUUAUUAGUGAUGAACGCGUAAAUUUGAUACCAAAAGAUUGUGAGAUCCUAAAAUAAAAAUGAUUUAAAAAAAAAGAACAUGUACCACUAUUAUUCCUUGAUAAAUUAUGGGAAAAAAUUACAAUCAUAAUUACUUUUGAAAAUCGUAAAUUGUAUGGUCUGUUCAGGCCCUCCCUGAUUAUGAAUAGCAUCCGUUGUUGACCGAAAUCCGUAUCAAAAAGCCUGGUCAUAAUUUUUCAUUCCACUCUAACCGCGUUUACAGUUAAGCGGUUGAAAUUGUAGCAAGGAACCACGAGGUUAAACUUUUAACGCAGGAAAUUUCUUAGAAAAACGUCUUUGGAUGCAUUAUGCUGAUUUGAACAGAAUAGUUUUACUGUGGAGACUGCAUAAGAUUUUUAAUGAAUAUUGGAAAUUACGUUGAAAAGUAAAAGCAGAGAGGAAUGAAAAUAAAGUUUUCUGGGAAAUGGAAAUUCACAAGACAUUGAUGGUUCUUUCAUAUGUAAGGUACAAUUAUAAUUUAUAAAUUUACAUUUACAAGGCUUACAGUGUAAUUUUUAAAUUUAAUAUUAAAAUAAACUUGCACAGCGUAAACACUA